AUGGUAUAUUAUGACUUGAAUGUAGAUGCAUCAUUGCCAGAAGCCAAAUUAAAGAACAUUUUAUUACUCCAUACAAAACUUGGAUAUGAUUCAGUUGCAUUAACACACACAGUCGAUGGUAAAAUAAGUUAUAAAGAUAUUUGCAAAAUUAAAAAGAUUGAGAUUAAAGAGGAAGAUUUGGAAAAUAGUACAGUAUCAGGAUGGAUGAAUGUAGGCAGUGCUAAUAAAACAUUAAAGCAAUAUACAAGAUUAGAAGUUAUAUGUAAAACAAUGGCAGAUUUUAAUUUAAUCAAUUCAAAUAACCCAGUUGUAAACUCAUAUGACAUUGUCAGUAUUGUACCUGUCGACCCAGCAAUAUUCAACGCUGCAUGUAACUCAAACGAUAUCGAUAUUAUUACAGUCAAUACACAAUCAAAGUUUCUUAUUAAACCCGAGAGAGUUAGACAGGCCAUUGCAAAAGGUAUAUUUUUAGAACUUUUAUAUACAAAUGUUUUUCAUGAUAAAGAUAGACCAGCAUUCUUUAACAUGAUAUCAUCCCUUGUUAGAUCAUCAUUUGGUAAAAAUAUAAUUUUAAGUAGUUCUGGUAAAUCACAAACAACUUUAAGAAGCCCAUAUGAUAUUUCAAAUUUAGGUCAUUUAUUUGGAUUAACAUUUGAUCAAGCAAAAGCAUCAGUUAGUAAACACCCACAUUCUGCAGUUUUACACGCAAUAACUAGAAAAACUAAAGGUACUGCUAUAGUUUCAGACCCAUCACUUUUAAAAGAUUUGGAAUUAUGGAAAAUUGAAAGAAAAGAAGAUACACAACCAACAGGAAAUUUAAUACCUCACAAUAAACAUAAAGAUAAUAAAGAUAAUAAUGAUAAUAAUAAUAAUGAUGAAAUUAAUGAUGAGGAAAUCCUAGAACUUGAAGAAGAAACUUUACCAUCCAAACAAACUGCAACAACUACAACCUCCACCACUACCAAAAAACAACCAAUUGUAAAAUCAAAUAAAAAACAACAAACUCAAUCAUCAACUUUAACCCAAUCUACAAAAAUGGACUUGGAUGAUGGUAAUAAAAGAAAAAGAGAAUAA